AGGACGUCAUCAAGAUAGAAUAGUUUACUUUUUGCAGGUUUAUUUUGGCUUGAAGAGGUUCCAACUCAAAUACACUGCUACUCUGAGAAGCUUAUUAGAAUCAAACUAUUUCCUUAACUCCAUAGCCAAUAUUGACACACAAUAGGUAUUUCAUGCAAAUCUAUCUACAAGUGGUGCUGCCUAGUUUAUUAUUUCUGAGAUUUUUUCCGCGUUUUCCAGAUGUUAUCCAGCCCAAGUCUCUGGGCUAUAAAUUCUCAAGGCUGUUAUUCUUCGAUGGACUCUUUCUACCUUGAUUCAGAAUAGAUUGCUUUCCAUGGACUUCACCAUCACUACUAUGCUCUUCUUGAUCCUCUUCAGCUGCCUUGCCCAUGCAGAAGACAAGAACUAUAAUUCUAUCCUCACAGUGCCAAAUGGAGGACCAUGGGGCACUUGGGGGACGAUCCAAUUUUGUCCACGGGGAUAUGCUCAUGGCUUCUCACUGAAGGUAGAGCCAGUUCAAGGCCGUGGUGAUGACACAGCCCUCAACGGAAUCCGCCUGCACUGCACGGAUGGUUCAGUUAUUGAGUCUUCAGUUGGACCGUGGGGAUCCUGGACAGGGAUUCAGUAUUGCCCCCGUGGCAAUCUAGUCUCUUUCUCUCUGAGGGUGGAAAAACCUCAGGGCAAAGGUGACGAUACUGCAGCCAACAACAUCCAGUUCACCUGCCAAGAUGGUACUGGGCUGAUGGGCCAUGGACUUUCCUGGGGUAAUUUUGGUCCAUGGAGCAGUCGCUGCUACACUGGAUUCAUUAGUGGCAUUCAGACAAAGGUGGAGUCUCCCCAAGGCAAGGGCGAUGACACAGCACUCAAUGAUGUGAAGUUCUUUUGCAGUGGCUGAACCAAGUAUCUCUGCUGCUUUUCAGCAGUCGUGAAUGUUAACCACAAUUAAAUA